AUGGCGUUAGUCCAGACACUGGCAGCCCAGAUACCGAACAUCAGAUUUUGGUACCUAUGCAGAAAGGAACUCAGGCAUGCUGAUGCCUUGGCAUACAUUUCAUCUAUGUUAAAAUAUGAGAGCGUAAAAGCUAUCAAAGUAUCCAGGGUGUACGAACCUUCCAUCAUCCCUCAGCAAUCCCUCGACACACACCGCAAGGACAACGUUGGGGAGGACAUUGCUGAGGAUGAUGUAGGAGAGGAUAUUGCCGACGAUUUCAUGGAAGAUGACAUCGUAACGAAAGCAAAUGGGGAUGAAGAUUUUACCAAGGAAAAAGAUUGGAGAUCUGAGAUUCAUCUUUACCUUCAACAAGUUACUCUACCUGCAGACCUGAAACUAGCCAGGAAGAUACAAGCCAAGGCAGGGAGAUAUGACCUCCGCGACGGGAUCUUAUAUAAAAAAUCUUUCCUCGGGCCAUUACUACAAUGCGUGUCAAGACAAGAGGGGCACCUCAUUCUAAAAGAAAUACAUUAUGGCGAUGCAGGGAAUCAUAGCGGAAUGAGAUCGUUAUUGGACAAGGCAAAAAUGCAGGGGUAUUACUGUCCGCAUAUGAUAAGAGAUGCAUCUAGGAUGGCCAGAAGAUGUGAAGAGUGUCAACGGUUUUCCAUAAGGAUCCAUGCUCCCGCAACAAAGUUAAAUUCUAUAGAUAGCCCCUGGCCCUUCUCGAAAUGGGGAAUAGACAUUGUCGGACCCCUGAUCGAAGGGUCAGGGAAAAGACGAUUCUUAAUCGUAUCCAUAGACUACUUCAGCAAGUGGGUGGUGGCCAAGGAUCUGGCUAGAAUCCGUGACUCAGACGUAUUCACUUUCAUCUUCCAAAAUAUCAUCUGCAGGUUCGGUAGGAAUAAAAUUGUAAAUGUACCAAAAAGCAUUGAUCUAUUUCAUGAAAGUUGA